GCGAGUAUUAACUAUAUACACCAUAUAUAAAAUAUAAAAUAUAUUCGCUAAAAAUGAAAUUCAUGAUAACUUUGCUCAGCUUGGUGACUUUGGCCCUGGCAGCUGAUAUAACUGAGGAGCACAAAGCAAUAAUACGGCAGCAUGCCAACGAAUGCACCCAGCAGGAGGGCAACACCAAGGAGCAGGCAAUGGCACUGCGCAAUGGCAACUUUGACGAUACCGAUGAGAGGAUCAAGUGUUUUGCCAACUGUUUCUUGGAAAAGGCCGGCUUCAUAGUCGAUGGCCAGCUUAUGCCCGCUGUAGUACAGCAAAAGCUGACAGACGUUGCCGGAGCUAGUCAAGUGAAGGCCGCUCUAAGUGCCUGUGAUUCCAUCAAAGGUGCGAACAAUUGCGACACCGGUUUCCAGAUCUACCAAUGCUUCUAUAAGAAUCGCGCUUUUCCCUGAAAGCCCAUUCUGUAACAUUUAUUGGGCGCUUGAGUUUCCCAUAAAUAAAGCUCCAAGAACAUCAUAAAUUAUUUC